AUGGGCAGCGCCAGCCCGGGCCUGAGCCCCAGGCCGCCCGGCCGCCUCCUGCUGCCCCCGGACAGCGCGCUGCGAACAGGCCUGGAGAAGGCGGCCGCGGCGGGGGCGGAGCCCGAGCGGCGGGACUGGAGCCCCAGCCCGCCUGCCACCCCUGAGCAGGGCCUGCCCACCUUCUACCUCUCCUACUUUGACAUGCUGUACCCUGAGGACAGCAGCUGGGCGGCCAAGGGCCCUGGGGCCAGCACACGGGCGGAGCCCUCCGACGAGCCCGAGCAGUGCCCGGUCAUCGACAGCCAAGCCCCGGGGGGCAGCCUGGACCUGGCCCCGGGCGGGCUAACCCUGGAGGAGCACUCGCUGGAGCAGGUGCAGUCCAUGGUGGUGGGCGAGGUGCUCAAGGACAUCGAGACGGCCUGCAAGCUGCUAAACAUCACGGCAGACCCUGUGGACUGGAGCCCUGGCAAUGUGCAGAAGUGGCUGCUGUGGACGGAACACCAGUACCGGCUGCCUCCUGUGGGCAAGGCCUUCCAGGAGCUGGGGGGCAAGGAGCUGUGUGCCAUGUCUGAGGAGCAGUUCCGCCAGCGCUCGCCCCUUGGCGGGGACGUGCUGCACGCCCAUCUGGACAUCUGGAAAUCAGCUGCCUGGAUGAAAGAGAGGACGUCCCCGGGGGCGAUUCACUUCUGCGCCUCCACCAGUGAGGAGAGCUGGACGGACAGCGAGGUGGACUCGUCCUGCUCCGGGCAGCCCAUCCACCUCUGGCAGUUUCUCAAGGAGCUUCUGCUGAAGCCGCACAGCUACGGCCGCUUCAUCCGGUGGCUCAACAAGGAGAAGGGCAUCUUCAAAAUCGAGGACUCCGCGCAGGUGGCCCGGCUGUGGGGCAUCCGCAAGAACCGCCCCGCCAUGAACUACGACAAGCUGAGCCGCUCCAUCCGCCAGUAUUACAAGAAGGGCAUCAUCCGCAAGCCCGACAUCUCCCAGCGCCUGGUCUACCAGUUCGUGCACCCCAUCUGA